AGUAGAGUAUUGCUGUCUACAGAACUCGUCAUUGCGAUAUCUAGCUAUCAUGAAAAAGAGUCCCAAAGAUUCUAUGUCAAAUCCACAAGCUACGGGCUGACAAGCUGAGAUCAAUGCGGAUCGGGCUGGAGCGGAAUAUUUUUUGUCUCAGCGAGGACGAAUGCACUUUGACCCCUUUGAGUAUAUGGCUUUUCGCGCAUUAGAGCGAUCAUGCUCGUCACAAUUGUUGUCGGAAUGGGCGCGAUGGAUGCAAGAUCUACAGAAUAGUUCUUAUGAGUUUGUCUGUCGGAAGGCAAAGGCUGCGCCACGAUUGACGAACAGCGAUAUCGACAAGUACUACGAAAACCGUAUUGUCACAAAUCACGAGUUGGAUAUUCUUGAGACUUCGUCUAAUCAAGUCAUCGCAGCGGGUCGCAAACUAACGUCUAUUUUGCAAAAGCGUCAAGAUAACUCCGACAACUCCAACCUUCAACGUAUGUCUAGUUCCUCCACAGAGAUCUUAGUCAAUCUUAGAAAAAAAAAUAGAGCAAGGACAUGGAUGUUAGCUCUAGAGGAGACCAGUUCGAUUUUUUGAAUCGUUUGGCUGACUCUUUCUGUCACUCAAUCUUCCAUUAUUAUUACUAUAGAGCCAACCUCUAUACCAAC